GCCGCCGCCACCACUUGGGAUCGCGAAGAUCGUCGCUAGAGCGCUGUGCGUCUCCCAGGACGCGAGCCCACUCUCCCGAUAUCUGCAAAAUGGCUCAUAAUUUGGAUGAAUUUAUUGAAGAGCAAAAAGCUAAAUUGGCCAAAGACAAGGCAGAAUUGGAAAGUGACCCACCGUACAUGGAAAUGAAGGGAAAGCCAUCAGAGAAGCUUUCUGAAAACAGUAAAAUAUUAAUCUCCAUGGCUAAGGAAAACAUACCACCAAACAGUCAACAGACGAGAGGCUCCUUAGGAAUUGAUUAUGGAUUAAGUUUACCACUUGGGGAAGACUAUGAACGGAAGAAACAUAAACUAAAAGAAGAAUUGCGGCAAGAUUACAGACGCUAUCUUACUCAGGGUAUUACAGAAGCAAAAAGAAAGAAAAAUUUUCUAUCUACGAGUGAAACAGACCCAUCUACUCUGGGAGUUUCUCUGCCUAUUGGUGAGAGGUUAUCUGCCAAGGAAAGGUUGAAACUUGAACGUAACAGAGAAUACAAUCAAUUUCUCAGGGGCAAGGAAGAAUCCACUGAAAAAUUCAGGCAGGUUGAAAACAGUACUGAGCACAAGAGUCAGAGAAAUAAAAAACCUAUUAGUCAGGUUAAGCCUGAUUUAGCUUCACAAAUACAAGCAUCUUUGGAAAAUUCAGAGGGUCCUAGAAGAGAUGUUUUAACUCCUUUGGAGGCAUAUGAAGAGCUUCUAAACCAAAGACGACUGGAGGAGGACAGAUAUCGACAACUAGAUGAUGAAAUUGAAUUAAGGAAUAGAAGAAUCAUUAAAAAAACUAAUGAAGAAGCAGGCAUUUCUAAUAAAAAACAUCACAGGCUUGCCAGCAAGGUUGACAUUCCAGAUAGAAGAUUUCACGGGUUUAAUGAGGAUCGUGUUUUUGACAGACAGUGUUAUAGACCAGACCAAGAUCCUGAAGUAAGUGAAGAAAUGGACGAGAGGUUUAGAUACGAGAGUGAUUUUGAUAGAAGACCUUUGAGAGUGUAUACCAAUGACAGGAUGUUCGGGAACAGACGAGGGAACGCACCUCCUGUGGAGCAUGGUGGUGAAGUCACAGAUCAGUCAAACAUCCGAAUUUCAUCUGCUGGAGAAAAAAGUGCUCCAGACAAUGAACCAUCCAAAUCUAACCGAGAGAUAUGUAGUCCCUUUGUGGGGAUGCUCUUUGGAGGUGAAGAUCGAGAACUUAUUCAGAGAAGGAAAGAGAAAUACAGAUUAGAACUAUUGGAACAAAUGGCUGAACAACAGAAGAACAAGAGACGAGAAAAGGAUUUGGAACUCAGGGUUGCAGCUUCCGGAGCACAAGACCCUGAGAAAUCGCCUGAUAGACUAAAGCAGUUUAGUGUGGCACCACGACACUAUGAAGAGAAGCUACCACCCGAAAGACCCAGAGUAGCUUUCCAGACACCUCUGCCUCCCUUAUCUUCCCCAUCCGCCCCACCCAUCCCACCAGUUCACUCCAUCCCAUCUCAGAGUGAAGAUUUGCACAAUGGCCUCAGCAGCACCCUUGGUGAAAUGGUGCCCCCCAGGAUUGCGCCUCUGCCUCCACCUCCCCUCCUACCACCUUUGGCUGCUAACUAUCGAACUCCUUACGAUGAUGCUUACUAUUUUUAUGGAGCCAGGAAUACUUUGGACCCCGGUCUUGCUUAUUAUGGUUCAGGAAUGAUGGGAGUACAGCCUGCAGCUUAUGUUAGCGCUCCUGUCACCCACCAGCCAGCACCAUCCAUUAUGAGUACAGUUGGACAGAAUGAACUGAAGAUGACAAGUGAUCGAGCAAUAAAUUCAGGAUUGUUUUUUGAAGAUAAACCAAAGGCUUCUAAGCAAUUGCUUCAGUCUUACCAGGAAGCUUUGCAGCAGCAGAUUCGGGAAAGAGAAGAAAGAAGGAAGAAAGAACGUGAGGAAAAGGAAGAAUACGACGCUAAGCUAGAGGCUGAAAUGAGAAGUUACAACCCCUGGGGGAAAGGCGGAGGUGGUGCUCCUCUCAGGGAUGCAAAGGGAAAUCUGAUAAGUCAUAUGCAAACACAGAGCUCUCCUUUUGCUCGGGGAAAUAUAUUUGGUGAGCCUCCAACUGAACUUCAGAUUAAACAGCAAGAAGUAUACAAGAAUUUUCUUCGUUUUCAGAUUGAGGAAAAGAAAAAAAGAGAGGAAGCAGAGCGAGAGAGACUGAGACUUGAAGAAGAAAAAGAAGAAAAGCGGCUCGCAGAACAGAGGGCCCGGAUCCAGCAAGAGUAUGAAGAGGAACAGGAGCGGAAAAGGGAGAAGGAGGAGGAGCAAAGGCUAAAAAAUGAAGAGCUUAUCCGGUUAGCUGAAGAGAGACGUAAAGAAGCAGAAAGAAAGAAGAAAGAAGAAGAAGAAAGACAUAACCUACAACUUCAGCACUAUUAUGAAAGAGAAAAUACAGUUGGGGAAGAAACAAAGCACUUGAGACAGCCUUCUCCUGUAGUUCACACAUAUAUGUACAUAUGUAUGAAUCUUCUGAGUAGGGAAGACAUACUGAGUGUAUCUGUCAUGACCGUUAAACAGGAACGUUCCGUUUCCCGGGCGCAGUCUCCUCCGGUACCUGCCAGGAAAAACCAGCUCCGUGCAGAAGAGGAGAAAAAAAAUGUGAUUAUGGAAUUAUCAGAAAUGAGAAAACAGCUUCGUAGUGAAGAGCGGCGUCUGCAGGGGCGUUUGCUACAUGUGGACAGUGAUGAUGAAACUCAUAUAAGGAGGAGAGAGAGGAACCCCAUGGGCAUAUUUGACAUGGCCCGACAUCGGCUGCAAGCGCCCGUCAGAAGACAGUCCCCAAAGGGCCUAGACCCCACUACUUUCCAGAACAUUCAGGACUUCAAUGAGCUGAAAGAGAGAGAUUCAGAAACACGAUUUGACCUGAAACUUAUGUACCCGGAUCCUCCAAGAGAUGGGCACACCUUAGAGAUUCAGCAGCAAGCCCUGCUGAGAGAGCAGCAGAAGAGACUGAAUAGAAUGAAAAUGCGGGACGGUGCUGAGGAGGACGUGGAUGCUGUCCCAGCUGCUAAAAUGCGAGACCACAGAAUGCCCAGAGAUGACACUAAUGAUUUCUUGAAAAAUUCAUUAUUGGAAUCCGAUAGUGCUUUUAUUGGUGCUUACGGCGAGACGUACCCUGCCUUUGAGGAGGACGCGUUCCCUCCACCAUCACGGCUGCCCUCUGCCAGAGAGCGCAGGAGGAACAAACAGAAGGGCCUGGACUUUGAUAACAGUCGUCCUAAUGUACCGCCAGAUGGUCUCUCAUUAAAAUCUGUAUCCAGUGUAAAUAUUGAUCAGAUUAGAAUGAGAAAUGAGGAACGAAUGCGAAGACUGAAUGAACUUCAAAAUAAACCUAUUAAUACAGAUGACGAGAGUUCACUGGUUGACCCUGAUGACAUCAUGAAGCACGUGGGUGACGACGGAUCAAAUUCUGUAGCAACUGAACCCUGGCUCCGCCCGGGCACUUCAGAAACGCUGAAACAAUUCAUGGCAGAGCAGCUGAGCCAAGAGCAGCAGCAGGUUCUUGGAAAACCAGGCACUUUCAAUUGGCAGGGCCUGUCUACUGCUCACGGGUAAAUAAACCUGGACUGGACCAGCAGUGCCUUUUAAGGUGAAAGAAUGUGAACCCUGAACCAGUAGUGUAUGUGCCACUUGUUCCUUACCUGAAAAGUUACUGAUGUUCCCUCUGUGUAUAAGGUGUAUUUUUUCCAUGACAAUGUAUAUAGUGUAUAUUAUGUACAUAAAUAAAAGGCCAUGAUUAAUUUAUAUAUAAUGUAGAGUUGUACAGAUUUAUUUUUGCAAAAUUUUGUCAUAAAUUAGGGUGGCAAUGAACUCUUGGAAUCAACUACCAUAUGUGCAUUAUUGUAAAUUCUGCUUGUCAGUAAGAUAAGGUGAAUAAAACACAAGUGUCUUAAUAGUCCUAUAAAACCAGAAAACCCUAUGUACAUUUGCCACUGUUACUGCUAUUCAAAAUAAUUUACUAGUAAGUACAUUGGUUGUAGCUGUGACUAUUCCAGUUGCUACAUAAUGAAUCAAAUGUACUAGUCAUUUCCACGUCAUUUAUAGCUAGUGAUUCAGUAUAAAUGAUGGGAAUCAUAAUUGAUUUUAUUCCCUUGAGCCAUGCACUAAAUGUUACAUCUUUCUGCCUCUAUUUUUGUGCCAAUGAAGGCUCUAAGUUUACUAAUUUAUAUGAUUGAAUUACUUACGGAUAGAAAUAAAUUAUUUUUA